AUGAGGACCCUCGCCAUCCUUGCUGCCAUUCUCCUGUUCGCCCUGCUGGCCCAGGCUAAGUCACUCCAGGAAACAGCUGAUGACGCUGCAACCCAGGAGCAGCCUGGGGAAGACGACCAGGACCUUGCUGUCUCCUUUGAAGAAAAUGGACUCUCUACUCUUAGAGCCUCAGGUUCUCAGGCAAGACGCACCUGCCGUUGCCGUUUCGGCCGUUGUUCCCGGCGUGAGUCCUUCUCUGGGAGUUGCAACAUCAAUGGCCGCAUCUUCAGUCUCUGCUGUCGCUGAGCUUCCUAGAUAGAAACCAAAGCAGUGAAAGAUUCAAUCCAAGGUCCUGAAAAAGGAAAAACACUUCACUCUGUGUACCUUGUGUCUUUCUAAAUUUUUCUCUCCAAAAUAAAGUUCAAGCAUU